ACAUGUGGUGUGUUUUAUUUAAAAAUGUUAAAGCCAAACUUAAGUGUCAUUUGUUGAAAUGUGUUGCUAAUCUCUAAUUUUGCAUAUGGCAUACUAGUAGAUACCCACACUGUACACUACCUGGUAAUUAUUAAAUAUUCCUGAUAUGAAUGAUAUCAAUGUACAAAGGAGAGAAAAAUGUCAUAUUCAUAGUCAUGUUGGAAAUGUAGACAGAUUGUGUGUCAGCAACCUGCUGGUGAAAUUUAAUAAGAAAACCAUUAAUGCUGAAGAAGCUUUAUACAUAAUUAUGAGGAAAUUAGAGAUGGAUUACCUCCCAUAGUUCACCGAGCUCUUCAAGUGGAAGAAAGAUGAGUGUGUGGAAGAGGCUUCAAAGAGUUGGCAAGGCAGCCUCCAAGUUUCAGUUCACUGCCUCGUAUCAGGAAUUGCAAGUUGAAAGUUCUAAGAAAUGGCAACCAAACAAGGUGUGCAUUGUCUGGACCAGAAGAAAUCGUCGGAAGUCUACCAUGCUUCAUGAAUGGGAGCCGACGAUCAAGAACCCAUACCUGGGGGUGGUUUCCUGGACGGUACCAGAGAACGUGGAGAUACAAGUGACCUUGUUCAGGGACAACAAACACUCUGCAUACGAGGACAAGGAGUGGCAUUUUGUCAUUGAAGAUCAAUCCCAGAGUGGCAGAAGAAAGAUAAUUGCUACAGCAGCCAUUAACAUGAAGAAAUAUGCUACAGAUAUACCCUCACAGCAUGAGCUCACCAUCCGGUUAAACCCAGUCACCAAGAAGAUCAAGGGUGCACUUAUCAAGCUCACCCUAUCCUGCGUUUUUCUGCGCGAAGGAAAGGCUACAGAUGAAGACAUGCAGAGUGUAGCCUCCUUGAUGUCGAUAGGAAAGUCAGACAUAGGCAACUUGGAAGACAUUGAUGACGAUGAUGAAAACGACACUGAGAGUGAUCUAAACAUCUCCGCUAAAUUUGCAGAUGUAACCAAUCAGAUGGCUCAGCUUCAAACCAAUCAAAACAUGGGUAAUCCUUUCGGCGACCCUGAUGAUGAGGAUGUUGAUAUUGAUAUUGAUGAAAUGUUUCAAAAGUACCAGCCAAUAAAACCACCAAUGAAUCCGUUUGAAGAAGCAGAAGAAGAUGCUUAUAUAAGCACCAUUUCAGAACCCACUGUCAACAACCCCUUCGCUGGAGAGGACAAUGACAAGUCAGCCUUAAACAACACUAGUGAAGUUUCCACAAACCCUUUUGAUGAGCCAGAGGAACUGGAUGACUCCAAUCCCUUCUCAGAUAAAUUUAGUGACACAUCGUCCUUAGACAGAAGGAAGAAAAAGAAGGAAGCUCCAGCUCCACCGAGAUCCCAUUCCCAGGGUGUCCCCUUUGAGAAUCCCCCAACAACAAAACCACCACCGAGGCCAGAAGGGAAACAAGGUGAAAAGAAGCCUGCAGCUCAAGUUGCACCACAGACUCCCGUGAAUGCCAACAAGCCUGCCCAUAAGUAUGUAAAGUCUAAGAAGAAGGCCCCCACCCCUCCCAGGCCUAUGUACAUAGGGACACCUCCGUCUUCACCGAAGGCUGAAAGAAAAAGGUCCCUCUCACCACCUGAAGAAAAGAAGCCUUCAGAAAAUCACAGCAAUAAUAAUGUGGAAAGCAGUCCUUCAACUGUUAUUGACACUUCAAUUGAAGAUUCUAGCUAUAUGGAAUCCCCAAGCCAGGCUCCCAGCUCCAGCCUUGACCUUCUGGACUGGUGCAAGGUGGUAACCCAGGGUUACAAAGGGGUCAAGGUCACCAAUCUCACCACCUCCUGGAGGAAUGGAAUGGCCUUCUGUGCUCUCAUUCAUCAUUUCAGGAGUGACCUCAUAGAAUUUUCUAAACUAGCUCCUCAUGAUAUUAAAGGAAAUAACAAAAAAGCAUUCGACGCUGCAGCCAAGCUGGGCAUACCACGGGUCAUUGAGCCCUCAGACAUGGUGCUGUUGGCCGUGCCAGACAAGCUGGCUGUGAUGACCUACCUGCAUACCCUCCGAAGCUACUUCACCGGAACUGCACUGGAGAUUCAACAAAUUGGCCCCAGCUCAAAGGAAAGUACGUACACCCUGGGAGAGAAUGAUCAUGCCGAAGACUCUGCCAUCUCCAAAGAAAUGUAUGGAGAUCGUAUAGCUAAUGGAAGUGUGAAAAAGGCUAAAACCAAAGAAAAAAAGACAGGUGGUGAAUCAGUUACAAAGGGAGAUAAUACAGGUGCUAAGGGAGAUAGUAAUGGUGCCAAGGGAGAUAAAAAAGGGUCAAGUGACAAAGUUGAUUCAAAGGCAGGUAAAUCUACUACUGUUGAUUUGUCAAGUAAAACUGACAGUUCUAGUCUUUCAUUGGGAAACUCUAAAGAAGGUUCAUCGAAAAAUAAAGUUAUAGAUAGUAAUGUUGGAAAAGAUGCUAAAAAAGAAUCUUCUGUUGAAAUCAGAAAUAAAACACCUAGGACUAGUGUUCACUCAAUAGAACCUUUAGACAGCACUGCACCUGGUUUUAAUGCAAAUAGUGAUAAAUUGGUUUCAAAUAUUGAGAAAGAACCCGCUAGCUAUGUACGGAAGAAUCCGUUUGAUAGUGAUGAUAAUACAGAAGAGGAAAAGAGAAAUAUUAAAAUUGAAAAGAAGACACCAGAGUUAGAUUCUAGUCAAGAUGUUGAAAGACGGCAGUCAGCUGAUAUGAAGAGGAAAGACCUAAAUUUACCGGACUUAAAAGCAGCCAUGGAUAGGCCACACAUACCAGAAACCCCUUCAAGGGAAGCAACUCCUGACACACCUAGCUCAGAAACAUCAGAAUCCUCUCAGUCCAGUCGCCGCUCACGCCAGCUGGAGUUAAAGGAACGCGCCCAGCUGCUGUUACAGAAGGCGCGUCAGGAGACAGCCAAGUCCACCAAGGAGGAGGGGCCCCCGCAGGGAGGCAGUGAGGAGGGGCCAUUGUCGGCAGGUCAGACCGGGGCCACAGACGCCAGAGGCACCACAGGGGAUGUCCAGGAAAGCAAGGACAUUGCUGCCGAAGACGAAAGGAAAAGGCAGCUAAGAGAGCGAGCCCGUCAAUUAAUUACGGAGACUCGAGAGAGCCUUGGGAAACCUUCAGAGACUGAGUUCAUGCGCAAGAUGAGUGGAGAAGGCCCGUUAGCAAGGUCUCUGCCACUUCCAGCAAUGAAGAAGUCAAAAGACGAAGAAGACGAAAAUACUGUACCCCUGUACCAUCGUCAGCUGCUCCGCUCCUAUCUGUCUAUCACCAAGCACGAUAAGUCAGUGGAGAUGACACCAGCCACCGAACCAUUCCGAAAGGACUCGACCGGGUCAAAGGGGGACCACCAGCUCCGAAAGAUGAGCCUCAACCGCCCAAAGAUACAGCUCACCUCCCCUGUGUCUCCAGGGUUUGAGAAGGACUUUCCAGGUCCACAGGAGUCUAAGGAGCCUGUAGUUACGUCUGCACACAGAAAGGUGGCCCCACAAACACAGACUUCAUUCACCAGUGUAGAUUUCAAUGAACAGACCAGAGCUCAAACAGAGAAAGCCACUGCAGAUGAUGACGGUGACCUAUUGGACAUUGAAGAAAUCCUGCGGCAGGCACAGAAUCUGAAGGACACCAACCAGUAUGUGAUUAAUGAGAUGGAGGCAUUGGAGCGUGAACAGACACAGAUCGACUGUCGGGCGGCCAUCUUGGAGAAUAAGCUACGACACUGCAUGAACAAAAAUUUAAAGCAUAGAAAGUCAUUUGGGUUGUUUGUCCAGAAAAGCCAAAGCAUGAACAAGGCCAAGGAGGAGAAGCUACUGCAGGAGUGGUUCCUACUGGUCAACAAGAGGAACGCCUUGAUACGGCGCCAGAUGCAGCUCAACAUUCUAGAGAAGGAGGAUGACUUGGAGAGGAAGUUUGAGCUUCUGAAUCGAGAACUGCGGGCCAUGAUGGCCAUAGAAGACUGGCAAAAAACAGAAGCACAGAAGUUGCGUGAGACGCUGUUGCUAGAGGAACUCGUGGUAACGGUUAACAAGAGAGACGAGCUGGUUCAGCAUCUGGAUUCACAGGAGAGGGCCAUCGAUGAUGAAGAGUACUUGGACAAAAGAGUAACAGAAGGGAAACUACUGGUAGAGGACAAGAGUUGUGCAAUACAGUGAUGUAUUAGCACUCUUAAUCAUAGGACAAGAGUUGUGCAAUACAGUGAUGUAUUAGCACUCUACAUCAUAGGACAAGAGUUGUGCAAUACAGUGAUGUAUUAGCACUCUUCAUAAUAAUGUUUAUGAAUAAGUACACAUGUAGAAUUUGUUGAUAUUGCCAUGGAUGUUGAAGCUCUCCACUUAUCUCAUCAAGAAAUAAUGAAUGUGGCCGGAAUCCUUGUGAUUGGUUAACUCACCAACCAUUAGAUUUAAAAGACACAUAAAAAUCAGUCAAAUAUUAAUAGUCUGGUACAGUUUGUGUACAUGUAACAGCUUGUGGUGCUUCUGAAGUAGUCGCUUAAGUACACUUUGUUCAUACAAAGCAAACAGUAAUGUUUGUAUGUGCCAUUCACACCAAAUAUUUUCAAACAUAGAUAUAGUUCAAUACAUAACUUACAGACCAAAUAGCUUUCAGUGCAAAAAAUGAUAUGGUAAUUGUCUUUCUGUAUACAUACAUUGAAUGAUUUUCUGUGAAUCAUUCAGGAACAAAAAGGCACUUGAAAAACUGACAUAAUUUUUUUAGUUAGUUCUGGGAACACCAGGCUUAAUGCUUGUGCCUAGUUCUGGGAACAGCAGGCUUAAUGCUUGUGCCUCACAGGCUUAUCUGGGUUAACACUAGACUCUGAGAUUACAUUUUAUUUAAAAGAGACUUCUUUAAAUGAAAACUUCCAUGAAAAUGAAGUGUUGUUCCUGCUUAGCCUGUGUUGACUGCACAGGCUGAUCUGAGACAAUACUUUAUGCACAUUCAUUAGCCUUUUCUCAGAUACUUAUAUGUAGUACAAUGUGUAGUUGGUCUUGAAAUAGUGUAAGCCUGUUAUUUGAAGCAUGGUUUGCUUUUUAAGGGCUAUAUGCUAUCUGAAGGCAUGGUAAUGCUGUAAUUAUUCAAUUGUUAUUAAAUUAUAUAAUUUGUAAUAAGGAUGUACAAGAAUUACAAAGGAUACUUUAUAAUAAAUUCUUAGAUAUAUAUAUAACAUUCACAUUGUAUUGUAACACAGAUUAAGGCAGAAUUGUGUAUUAAAUCCCCACAAAAUUGUGAUGUCUUAUUUUGACAAUCUUAUAUUAUGUCGAAACUUACAAAUCAAAACAAUGGUGUGACAUACUGAAUUUUGAUCAGUAUAGCAUGUGUGAUAUGCAUGUACAGUAAUAAAGGUGGCCUCUGCAAUGUGCCUUUGUCAUGCUUAUGUGAUUAAGUACUAUGAAUUAGUAUUUUAGAAAAUUGUGAUAAUAUUAAUGCACCAAAUUAUUCAGCUUUUUUCAUACUAUACAAUGAUAUGCACAUUUUUAAUUUAAUGAGGUGAAAUGAAUUACCGGUAAAUAUGGCAGUAAUUAAACAUUACACAGUAGCAAAAAUAAACUAAGAUACUUUUCACACCAACAUAUUAUAAGUUUAUAAUACAUUGUUUAUUAAAUGGAUCAGAAGCUUUCAAACGAUCACAUUAUAUAUAUUAAAGGGAAACAGAAGGUUGAAACUAAAAAAAAACAUAUACAUGUUCAUGUCAUUGAAAGUGGCUCAAAACAUGGUUGUGAUCAUCCCUGAUUAGCUUUCUAGGACCGGCAGGCUUAUCUACCAUGAUACUUUACUGGCCUGCAUUAAGCCUGGUUUUCUCUGAGAACAGACUAUAUAAUUCUUAUGCAUGCUUAGACAAACAUAGUUUACAUAGCCAACUCUGAACUCUAUGGAAAAAAACAACUCAUGAUAGCUUUUUUAAUAAUUUAAGUUUUCAAAAAAAUCAUGUAAGAUUUUCAGGAAUACCGGGUAUAUGUUUCUUUGGUUAUAUUAAUGUCUAAAAAGGUAAGGUAUAGUCAUAUUGCAAUGUUUACUUUAGAAUCCCCUGAUUAAAAAACGUAUUAGCCAGUGCUCCUUAGUCUUGUAUAUUUUGUUGUAAAUUUUGUAUACUUUGGCCACAAACUUCUUGAAGCUAACCUUAGUUUUGUUUAUUGUAUUUAUGUUGAUUAAACUUUCUGAUUAUCUUUUAUUAGCGGUAUUUCUGUUGUGUUUAACCUGUACAGUAAACAUCAAUUGCAUUAAAUAUUUCUUCAUUUUAGCUUUAUUAUAUAGCUUUAUAAUCAUAGCUUAUGAACUUAUAUUAUUUUUAUCAUUUUAAAUUAUAAUUAUCAUUGAAGAUUACAUUGUGCAAUAUUACUAGCGUUGGAUGGAUUUGAGAAUAUAUCAAGAAUAUUCUUCUGUUUUAUUUCCUAAUCCCUUGUGUUGGUUGAUUAUGGUUUAUGUGUGCUAUAUUUGCAAUGAUUUAAAAUGCAUUUUAAAUAUAUCAACUAAGUCACUUGUGUUCAAGUUUUGUAAUGUUACAAGUUUCUCUGAGUGUUUAAAUAUGUGUCUGCUUUGAAUAAUGGGCCGGUUGCUACAAAUACUCUGGUGUACCGGUAAUUAUUCUUGAUGCCUAUAAGGCAAUUUCUGCCAUUAAUUUCUUUGAUUGCUUUUAUAUAAUAUAGUAUAAUGAUGUUUGUGAAUAUUCAAAUGUUUUCUUUGUAAUUGUUUAAAUUAAUGCAUAUACAAGUUCAUAAUGGUUAUUAAAUAUUCAAAACAAUUUAAUUUUCUAUUCAUGGAUAGAAAUAAGUAAUGUUCCUAAAACUUGAAAUUGGUUAAGUGUAUCUUACACUGAUAAACACCGUAUUAAGCACCUGAAAAUCCAUCCAUUUAAGUGUCAUGUAAUGCGUUAAAUAAUUUCUAUAUACAGCUUUUUAUGUCCCCCACUAUAGUAGUGGGGGACAUAUUGUUUUUGCCCUGUCUGUUGGUUGGUCUGUUGGUUGGUCUGUUUGCGCCAACUUUAACAUUUUGCAAUAACUUUUGCUAUAUUGAAUAUAGCAACUUGAUAUUUGGCAUGCAUGUGUAUCUUAUGGAGCUGCACAUUUUGAGUGGUGAAAGGUCAAGGUCAAGGUCAUCCUUCAAGGUCAGAGGUCAAAUAUAUGUGGCCAAAAUCGCUCAUUUUAUGAAUACUUUUGCAAUAUUGAAGAUAGCAACUUUAUAUUUGGCAUGCAUGUGUAUCUCAUGGAGCUGCACAUUUUGAGUGGUGAAAGGUCAAGGUCAUCCUUCAAGGUCAGAGGUCAAAUAUAUGUGGCCCAAAUCACUUAUUUUAUGAAUACUUUUGAAAUAUUGAAGAUAGCAACUUGAUAUUUGGCAUGCAUGUGUAUCUCAUGGAACUGCACAAUUUGAGUGGUGAAAGGUCAAGGUCAUCCUUCAAGGCCAGAGGUCAAAUAUAUGUGGCCCAAAUCGCUUAUUUUAUUAAUACUUUUGCAAUAUUGAAGAUAGCAACUUUAUAUUUGGCAUGCAUGUGUAUCUCAUGGAGCUGCACAUUUUGAUUGGUGAAAGGUCAAGGUCAUCCUUCAAGGUCAAAUAUAUGGGUCAAAAUUGCUCAUGUAAUGUCACUUCAGCAAUAUUGAAGCUAGCAAUUUUAUAUUUGAAAUGCAUGUGUAUCUCAUGGAGCUGCACAUUUUGAGUGGUGAAGGGUCAAGGUCAAGGUCAUCCUUCAAGGUCAAACGUCAUAUAGGGGGACAUUGUGUUUCACAAACGCAUCUUGUUUGUUUAAUAUUUGUAUUUACAUGAUUAUUAUAUUUUGAAUUAUUUCAAUUAUACAGUAUCUGAAGCAAAUUACCGCAAUUGUGUCUUAAAGUCUCAAACAUACAAUAUGCUGUUAAUUUAUCAAAACCACAUUUUGAUUUACAAACCACAUGUGUGCGAGUAUUCAAGAUGUUGUUAAUCACUUUUGUUUAAUGUUGCUUUUCUGUGUUAAAUGAUGCAACUCAAAUAUCUGUUUUGAAAUAAAUGUGCAUAAAACUGAAAACUGUUUUGGUUAAAACUUCCAUGCCUCUUGUGUCGGAAUAUAUAUGUAGGUCUCAUUUUAAA